AUGGAUAUGCAAAAUUUUAAAGAAAAUAAAAUAAACUAUAAUAAAAGCAGAUUAAAGUUUGGACAAAAUAAAAAUAGAGAAUAUAAGGAAAACACAAAUUUAAUUUCACCUGAUUAUAUUAAUUUAAAAGAGCUGAUCAAAAUUCGUUCAAAUAUUUUGGAGAGUAGAAGAAACAAUAGUCUGAACAAUUCAAAGUUUGAUUGUAGUAGCAAAUUAGAUAAAUAUGAAGAUAUUAGCAAUGACAUGCUGAAUUCUACUAUAAAUAAUGAUUAUAAUGUAGAUAUGCUUCGUAAAUCUACCCCAAGUUUGGAAAUAAUUAAUACAAGUCUUGAUUCAAAGUUAAUGCACAAUGAGAUACCUGACCCCUCUAUAGUUAAGUUAACAAGAAGUGAAGAAAUAAAAUUUAAAAAUGUUUUUUUAGAUGGAAAUUUUCCCGUCGAAAAUUUAAAUUCCAAAAAUAAAUGUAUUGUAAACGAACUCCAGGAAUCCUGUACUCAUAUAUUAUUUGAAAAAAAGUCUAAUACUUGCAAUGAUUCAUCAAACAACUCAAAAGAUAUCUUUUCUUCAUCAGCUUUGUCAGAAAUCAGUAAUGGUACUACUGGACAAAACUCGUGCGAUUUUAAUGAUUUUAAUCAACUGACUAGUGUAAAAUUAGCUAAAGUCAAAAUUUCACCUUCAAAAUUCUUUGGGAUAUGGAAUUCAAUUCAAGACAAAGUACAGAAUAUUGUUGAAGAAAAUAGCUCAUAG